AUGCGCAAAGAUGCGGAAGUCGUGGGCAGGUUGUUUGUUGGAGUGAGAACAUAUGGGCAGCCUCAGCUCACGUUCUCCAUAAUGGCCCGGUCCUCUUCCUCCUCUUCUUCCUCUUCUUCAUGCUGCUGUCCCUGCUCGCGGCUGUGUUCUAGAUCUUCAGUCUACUCUUUGGCUCUGGGUCUGGGUUUUGUCACCUUGGGAACCAGUCGUAUCCUAUUACUAAAAUUCUCAGCCAAUGAAGAAAACAAAUAUGACUUUCUUCCUGCAUCUGUGAAUUUAAUGGCAGAGGCCAUCAAACUAGUAUUUUGUUUAGUGAUGUCAGUACGGGUGAUCAUUCAAGAGGGCCGCUCUUAUAAAGAUUUGGGAUGUUCAUCUGGUGCCUCUUUUCUCAGCUACCUGAAGUGGUCUGUUCCUGCAUUCCUCUACUUCCUUGACAACCUUAUAAUCUUCUAUGUGAUGACCUACCUGCAACCUGCUAUGGCAGUAAUGUUUUCCAACAUUGUUAUUUUUACAACAGCCCUUCUCUUCCGAGUCGUUCUGAAGAGGCGCUUGUCUUGGGUGCAGUGGGCAUCUGUGAUCAUUUUGUUUCUGUCCAUUGUGUCGUUGACCACUGGCAGUGGUGACCAGCAUGCCAUCGCCGUACAUGGCCUCCACCCAGCCCACAUUUCCACCCCUUCCAACAGCUGUCUGAAAUACGCCCAUCCCGAGGUAAAGCAUCAAAACCAUAAUGAAACGUACUGGACACGUGAGCUGUGGGACAGUCAGCUCAUCCACAAGCUGAACAGCUUCGGCCUGGGUUACGUCCUACUGCUGCUGCAGUGCUUCAUCUCUGCGCUGGCCAACAUCUACAAUGAGAAGAUCCUCAAAGAGGGGGAGCAGCUCGUGGAGAGCAUCUUCAUCCAGAACAGCAAGCUGUAUGUGUUCGGUUUGAUCUUCAACAGCCUCACGCUGCUCCUGCACUCUGACUUCCGUGAAUUGACGGUGCACUGCGGCCUCCUCUACGGCCACAACAUCUUCUCCAUCGCCCUGGUCUUCGUCACAGCCGCUCUAGGCCUGUCGGUGGCUUUCAUUCUCAAGUUCCGUGAUAACAUGUUCCACGUUCUGACGGGUCAGAUCACCACGGUCAUCGUCACUGCGCUCUCUCUCUUCCUAUUUGACUUUCGCCCAUCGAUGGAUUUCUUCCUGCAGGCGCCUAUAGUACUGCUAGCCAUCUUUAUCUACCACAGCAGCAGACUGAAAGAUCCAGAGUACACUCUGCAGCAGGAGAGGCUCAGGGUCAUCAAUGGAGAGGUGUUUGAGAGGUCAAGAGGGGAUGGGGAAGAGUUGGAGAGGCUUACGAAGGCUAACACAGAGAGCGAAUCGGAAGAAGAAUCUUUUUAAGUCAGUUUUGAAUCUCUCUAAUUAUCGUGUAAAUAUUCUGGAUUCAGCCUGUGUAUAUGUAUAAUGAAUGACAAGUGUUUCAAUCACAUGGAAUGUCUAUGAGACUAGGGAUCAAAGAGUUGUUUAAUACGGUAUAUUGUCCUCUCUUACAAAUUGUUUGUAUAACCAUUAUGAGCAUGUAACAACCUCAGGAGGUUUUGUGAAAUUAUUGCUUUCAUUUUUAUUGGUUGGACUGUUAUUUGUUUCUUCAUACAGUAGUUGACUGUGACAUAAGGUGACAGUGCAGGUAUUAAAGUAAGAGGAACUCAUUUUAAUAAACAUCUCUAAUGGGAACAAUCACAUUUCAAAGCAUCAUGUAUAAUGGGCCAUACUGUGGAUGCAUGUUGUAUUUAAUGAAAUAUGACCUUUAAAAAAAUAUGUGGGUUUUUGGAAUAAUAAAGUCCACAUUUUAAUUGUA